AGCUUCCCUCUUGGCUCUUCCCCAAUUCCCACCGAAUCACCCAAAAAAAUCAAUCAAUGUUAAUUGUUUUCCGCUCGAGCGAUAUUUUGAUUUAAUCUUAUGUUAUCAAAAUCGUGAUCCGAACUUGGUGAGUAGGAAGGACAGAUCCGCUCCGAUCGACUUAACUUCGUUUUGGUACUCUUUAUAAAUUAUUUAUUUUAUUUUAUUAUUAUUUAUUUCUGACGCGUUCAACCUUGUUUGCAUGCGGCCUUAACUAACUCAUUGUCAUUACCAAAUCCAAUGUUGAAAAAAGUGAGAAGAAAAAUCAAAACCUUAAUCACCAAGAGUUUCAAAAAACCCAAGAAAAAUCCCUAUAAACCGCCACCCCCUCCUCCAUCUUCAUUUCCAUCACCACCCCCUCCUGGAGAAGAAGAACCCCAAACUAUGUCGCCACCACCGCAGCAAACUCUCAGGCCACCCGCCACCGCCGGCCCAUUCCUUUUCCCCCAAACCCAAUCCACCGUGCUCCCCGACCCUUCCAACUUCUUCUCCCCAAACCUCCUCUCCUCCCCUCUCCCCACCAACUCCUUCUUCCAAAACUUCGCCCUCAAAAACGGCGACCAACCCGAGUACUUCCACCCCUACGCCGUUAAAUCCUCCUCCGCCUCCCUAACCAUCUGCUACCCAUCUCGCUUCUCCACCUCCGCCUUCAUAUAUCAAGUCUUCAUCGCCGAUCUCGCCAUCUCCGCGGCCCAAAAGCCCGAUUCCCCACAACCCCACAAAAUCUCCUCCUUUAACGACCUCAGUAUCACAUUGGAUUUCCCCUCCUCCAACCUCCGCUUCUUCCUCGUCCGCGGCAGCCCAUUCAUCACCUGCUCUGUUUCCAACUCCACCUCUCUUUCAAUCUCCACCAUCCACGCAAUCCUCUCGUGUGAAUCAAACGGCUCAAAGACCAAAUACACCAUCAAGCUCAACAGCAACCAGACAUGGCUCGUAUACACUUCCUCCCCGAUCGAUUUGACCACCAGCGGCCUUUCACUGAUCACCUCCAAUGGGUUUUCUGGGAUUGUUCGGAUUGCGAUAUUGCCGGAUUCGAACCCGAAAUUCGAGGCCAGCCUUGACCGGUUCAGUUCUUGCUACCCGGUUUCCGGAGAAGCGGUUUUCACAAAGCCGUUUGUUUUGGAGUACAGAUGGGAGAAGAAGGGAUGGGGCGAUUUGCUUAUGCUUGCUCAUCCUCUGCACCUCCAGCUUCUCUCCGGCGAGGAUUCUCACGUCACUGUUUUGGAGGAUUUCAAGUUCAAGAGCAUUGAUGGGGACCUUGUUGGCGUUGUUGGCGAUUCGUGGGCGCUGAAACCCGACCCUGUUUCGAUCACCUGGCAUUCGAGUCAAGGAGUUAGGGAACAUUCGUAUGAGGAAAUUGUUUCUGCGCUUGUUAAAGAUGUUGGGGAUCUGAAUUCGAGUGGGAUAGCUACAACAUCUUCGUAUUUUUAUGCGAAAUUGAUCGCGAGGGCGGCGAGGCUGGCUUUGAUUGCUGAGGAGGUGGCUUAUUUGGAUGUGAUUCCGGCGAUUAGGAAGUUCUUGAAGGAAACGAUUGAGCCGUGGUUGGACGGAACUUUCCCGGGAAAUGGUUUCUUGUAUGAUAAGAUUUGGGGUGGCAUUGUCACGAAACAAGGGGCGACUGAUUCGGGUGCAGAUUUCGGGUUUGGUGUGUACAAUGAUCACCAUUAUCAUCUGGGCUACUUUGUUUAUGGGAUUUCAGUGCUUGCGAAAAUUGAUCCUGCUUGGGGGAUGAAGUAUCGGGCUAAAGCUUAUUCGCUCGCUUUUGAUUAUAUGACGGUAGGCAGGCGAUCGCAUUCACAUUAUCCACGCUUGAGGUGCUUUGAUUUUUACAAAUUGCACUCGUGGGCAGGCGGGUUAACUGAGUUUGCAGAUGGUCGUAAUCAGGAGAGCACAAGUGAGGCAGUGAAUGCCUACUAUUCAGCUGCAUUGUUGGGAUUAGCUUAUGGAGACACGCAUCUUGUGGCCACGGGAUCACUGCUUGCAGCUUUGGAGAUUCAGGCGGCGCAAAUGUGGUGGCACGUAAAAGAGGGAGGUAACAUGUAUGAGGAGGAUUUCACAAGGGAAAAUCGUGUGGUUGGAGUUUUAUGGAAUAACAAGAGGGACAGCGGACUUUGGUUCGCUCCCCCGGAGUGGAAAGAGUGCAGGCUUGGAAUUCAGUUGCUACCGCUACUGCCGAUCACUGAGGCCUUGUUUUCAGAUGUUGGCUUUGUUAAGGAUCUUGUGAAAUGGACACUACCGGCUUUGAGUAGGGAGGGAGUUGGGGAAGGAUGGAAAGGAUUUGUCUAUUCCUUGGAAGGGAUUUACGACAAAGAACACGCUUUGGGGAAGAUAAGGAAUUUGAAUGGUUACGAUGAUGGUAACUCGCUUACUAAUCUUCUGUGGUGGAUCCACAGCAGAGGAGAGGCAGGAGCGGUAUUCGGACUUGGACAUAACGUUUGUUGGUCUAGGCACUAUCAUUAAAUUUCGUUGCACUAUAAUUUACGAUUGUGAUUUCGUUCUCCGUUGUAUUUACUGUCAUGUUUUGAUUGACAUACACUUGUUCUUUCUACUGAAUUGCGAGCUUUCUAUCUAUUUUGAUCCGUUGUAUUUACCUGUUAUUGUUGAAACCAUCUGCUUUUCUGAAAUAUAUCACAUUUUAUA